AUUGGUGCAAUAAAUAAAUACUUGACGUUUGCUAAAAUGUCAAGCUAGCUAACUGACUCUGUCUUAGAGCGUCUCCUGGAUAUUGUAUCUGAAGAUAACGUUAAACUAGACCCUAGAUAGCACAUAUAUUGUUACUUUUGUUUAGUUUGAACAGCUUCUCGUACAGGGCCUGUACUAAUGCUAGUUAGCUAGCUAGCUUGACAGUAUAACAGGAGCGCUAUCUAACGUAACUGUUUUUGUCACAAAGUUAAAACGCGUGGAUAUUUAAAUAAUGUCUGGGCCAAAUGGAGAUCCAAACGUCUGCGCUGACGAUGGUAUCAUCGACGACGAGGAUGAAUUUGGCGAAGAAGAGUACAUUGCCGUCAACUCGAUGCUAGAUCAGAUCAACUCCUAUCUCGACGACCUUGAAGAGCGCAACGAUGCGCUUAAUGGCAAACUGCAUGAACUGCUGGAGUCAAACCGGCAGGCUCGUCUGGACUUCAGGGCCCAGCUGCUCAGCCCCAAUGACCAGGAGGACUGUCCUGCAGGUGGUGACUCGUCCUCACCCAGCAACGAAGACCAGAACAAGGAUGAUGAAGGCUCACAAAUGACUGACAAGAACGAGUAGGUCAGAGGGUUGACUUCGAUAAGAAGCAGGGAUAGAAAUAAUUAUGACUGAACUCCUGACCUCUGUGUGUUGGACUAGUGACCUCUGAUCUGCAGUCAUACCUGUCCGAUUCAUCCGUCAAUUUACACGGCAGUUCUUCCUUGAUGAAUUGUGCUGAUGUGUGGCUUCUGAAUAGAUUACAGCAGCUUCUCCUACAGGCUGGACAUCACUGUUACUUAGCAUUCCAUUGCAGACUUAAGAAAACAAAAGUCAAAUGUGUUGCAAAGUACAAAAAAAAAAAGCUCACUUGUGUCCAGAGAUUUGUUCAGGUUCAUGUGAAAGAUGAAAAUCACAACUUUAAUGCAGAGAAAUGUGUUAAAAGAUUUUUUAAAAUGCCAAUAAAAAAAUGCAGAUAUUUAUUUUUAAAAAAAGCUCAAAUUACAGAAUUUGUCCUAGGAUUAGUCGGCUCUUAAAAAUCAAUUAUGUUUGAUCUAAAUAAUGGGGUUUUGUCUUUUCUGGAGCAAGAGAUUUGAAUGCCAUUGAUUAGAUUUCUAGAUUUAUUCAAGAUGUAUUUAAUGUUUGCAUUGGCUUUGUAAAAGCUUUAUUCGCUGUAACUACGGUACUGUCCCAAAAGUAAAUAUGUAACAUUCCCGAUGUCUCUUAGUGUAUUGUAAUGUUUGGUUCAGCUACACUUGUUUUGUUUCUCUUUAGGAUAAGUUUAAAAAGUAUGUGUUUAUCUUAAACUAUGAGAUAUAAAAAAUGAAGUCAAGAAAGUGUGGGAAUUGUCAGACAUUUUAAUAUAAAUUAAGAUGACUCCCAAACGGAAAACAAACAUCCAAAAAUACAUUAAACUUCCAGCAGUUAGAAAACAUCACCUGUUUGUUCAUCUCAAUUUGUCAGUAGCUGAAUAAAAAUACAAUAAGAAACAUA